AGCCAGAGCUGAUCUCUCCCAGGAAGCUGCCAAAGGAACACCCUCCACCAACCAUCGACAAGCUCUCAGGCUGAUCAUAAGAAACUUUUUUGCACACAUUGUGUUAAUUGUGAGAUGGAUUUUCCAGGUUCAACAGCAUUUAAUGGAGAGCAUAGACGCAGCCUCUCACAACAUAUUUUUCCAAGUUGUGCCUGUGCCUUUCUGGACGAUGAUCCUGCCUAUGAGUGUUCCACAAGCCCUCUGACAGGCUCCCUUUCCCCAAGCCGCCGCAGCCCUCGGCUGCUUUCUAAUGGUUAUUACGUUUUGACAGAAGACAGUUUUCUGUCUGAUGAAGAGGGCAACGUAACAUUGACACCAUCCCACACAAGAGUUACAUAUAAAGAGAAUUUAAUUCGUGUAUUCAGGCGAAGGAAGAAAUUCCGUCGCUCUCUUGACAGCUUGUUCAACCUCAGUGCCUCCAACUCAUGGCUCAGCUCCACCAUUCCCAGCAAUAUGGAUUUCUCCCAUGUAGAUGAUCCUUGGCCUGAUGGAUGCAGUAAACCAGAAGCCAGUUACAGCAAUAUUGGUGAUUCAGACUUUUCUUAUGGAUAUAAUAAACAUGUGGCACAAAGGCAAAUUCCAGCAUAUAAUGGAGCAUCUCUCACCAAAGAUGAUGAGUUUCUUCAGUCUGAGAAACCAUUUAGUGCUUCAAAACCCUUCUCACCAUUUAUGAUAAAUGCAAAUGAAGAAACCUUGAGCAGUGGAGAAUCCAGGACAGUGCAAAAUGUCGUUUCUCAGAUGGUUGCACUGAUCAUGUGUUUAUUCAUUUCAAUAUGUACAAGAUAUUUUCUAGGAGGAUUGCCUGCCACUUUGUUGCUGAUAAUUUUAGUUGGUCUUUUGUCUCAAGAUGCUGCUGUGUCAUCUUUCUUCAGUCUUAACACAUCUUUCAAAACCACAAAGUUUUGAAAAGGAAGAUAAACCUAAUAUGUCGUAACAGAGACAGACCAAGAAGAGUAACUUACGAAUCCAGAGAUGUGACAUCAAGCCUUGCACUGAAGUCCUUGCACUCUCAGGCCACCAAACGGAGCCUUUUUUUUAACUGGGAAAAAAUAAAACCAGCUAAUUAUGGUGCCAGCCCCAUCACCACCUUCCAGGGACUACAAAAUUGACAUAACUUGGGCCCAGUAACCCAAUGCACCAUUAUAUUCAGGAGAGCUUUUCCUUUGGCUGAUACUGCAACCUGAUAAAUGUCUUAGAAAGAAGAAUUUAAUCAGUCCAAUCAGUUGAAUAAAGGUGCAGAUGUUGCUGUUUCA